AUGGAGAUCUUAUGGAUUCAUAUAUCAUCAUACACUCUUUCUCAAAUAGAGGAACGUUUGCUUUGUCAUGGUUGGGAUUUUUGUAUGGAGAAUAAAGUAGUUAAUAUUUUAGAAUUUGAAACAGAUAUUGAACUUAAUGCUAUGAAAAUAGAAUCUCAAUCUCAUGAAUCAGUUUUCCUAUUAUUCUGUCGUCAAUUACAUAACGCUUUACAACAAUUAAUACGUACAGCUAAGAAUAAGAAAUUUAGUAAUUUAUCAGAUGAAGAAUUAGAAGCUAUAAAAUCACUAAAAUCUAAUGAAAAUAUUGUCAUUUGCAAAGCAGAUAAAGGAAACUCGAUAGUUAUAUUAGAUAAACAAUCAUAUAUCGAAAAAGCUCAAGAAAUCUUAAAAGGUAAUCAAUUUCAGGCUUUAAAUAAUAGUAAAUUUCAUCAAGAACGAGAAAAUAAAUUAAAUAAAUAUAUAUAUUCACUAUUUCAAGAAGGUAUAAUAAAUCAAAAACUUCGUUUACAAUUAUAA